AUGGCGACAUCAUGUGGUCAAACAAGUAGAGCUCCAAGCUCCUUUAUCUCCAGCGAGAUAGCCAUUAGCUUGGCCACGUUUGGUGUCGUGACAGCCCUGGUAACAAGAGCCAUGAAACGAAAGCAACGCCAGCAAGCAACCUCGGGGUCGGGUCAAAGCAGUCAACUACUACUUGUCAAGCCCAAUAUUGCUUCUCAUCCAUAUCACCCUCCAUCGCGACAAGUGCGCUAUCUCAAAGAGCACGGUGGUAAAAAAUGGGAAGAGUACUCCGAGGAACUGGAGGAAUUUGUACGCGAAUGUCCCAAAGUAGAGCUCCAUGUUCAUUUGGACGGGUCGCUGGACCCCGAUUUUCUUUGGCAUUGUCUACAGCAAUACGAGGACCAGGGCCAAGGUUGGAUUGGAUGUCUUCCAGUCAGUACUACGCUGCCUUGGGAUCCUCAGCAUCCACUUCCCGUCCGGCAUUUGGUCCAGAACUGCAAGACGGUUGACGAUUUUCAUAAUCUCUGCACCUGUCGCCGAGGAGAACGAUCCUUGCAGCAUAUGCUGACUUGUUUCGAGAUUUUCUUGCCUUUGGUCAGGGGAGCACCACAACCAGCGUGGCUACUGUUGGAAGAGCUAGCCUAUGACUUUUGUAGGCGUCAAUGGGAGCAAAACGUGGUGUACACAGAAGUGAGGUACAACCCUCACUUGCUCAUGCAUGAAGACAAGGGUACUUCCGGAUCGUAUGACAUGAAUGACAAGAAGUUGUCACCACAAGAAGGGGAUUCAGCCAUGAGUGCGGAGGAACAACGAAAACAAUCUGCUCGAGAGGUUGUACAAGCCAUUACUCGAGGACUGCGUCGGGGGUCUGCUGACUUUGACAUUGUAGUCAACCAAAUACUUUGUGCCAUCAAUUGGAGACCUGAUUGGGCAUGGGAUGUACUGGAGCUGACAAAGGAGUUUCGACAUGAACAUCCUUGUGCUGUUGUGGGUAUUGACAUUGCUGCUGGUGAGGAACACUUUGACAAAACAAAAUUUCCGCAGUUGUACCAACCACACUUUGACAUGAUGCAAAAAGCACAAGUGCUGGGCAUACCAGUGGCAAUACACGCGGGAGAAACACCCAAUGGAAUUGAGCAUGUGCGACAGGCAAUAGCAACACACCAUGACCCCGUGCAGAAAGGAUAUGGCGCCAAGAGGAUUGGCCAUGGCUAUCGAAUGACAGAAUCCUUGGAACUGAUGAACCAAUUGGCAAUGAAAAGGAUACAUGUCGAGAUAUGUCCAACGUCGUCCGUCGAGACGGGAGGAUGGAUCUUUGAUGUGCCCGAUGGGGGGACUGAGGGGCAAACGAAUGUCAGGAAGAAAAAGCCUUGGAACCAUCAUCCUGGAUUGGAGAUGAUACAGCAUGGCAUUCCCGUAUCCUUGAACUCAGACGAUCCAGCCGUUUUCCACACUUCCCUCACCUGGCAGUAUCGCAUUGCUCUUGUCAAAAUGAGGCUCACUCCAGAGCAACUUGUGCAAACCAAUAUUGAUGCCAUUGAAGCGUCCUUUGGGCGUAGAGAAGAAAAGACCAAAGCCGAGAGAAUCCUGCGGUCGUUUUGGAUCCGUCUAUCUGAUGGUAGACGUUUGUGCAGCGGUAUUGAUGCGGGCCAACGGUUCACCGAUCGCGUCAGAGAUCCUUUCUAA